CACACUAAGCUCACAAACACGGCGUGCCUUGUCUUUAAAAUUUGCUUAUAUUUUUGUAAUUAUUUUGAAAAUAAAUAGUUAAUUAGUUAAAAAGUAGAAAAUUCUAGUGCAUUCAACAGACAUACUUUCAUGCAAGCUAGAUUUUUCUGUUUUACAAGAGCCAAAUAUAGGGCAACCCUAAAAACAGUGCUGCCAAUUCCUUAGCCGGUCAAAAAACGGUCAAGUAAUCAGCUGUUCCGGUCCGAUUUUCCGUAAUUCCGUGGGAAUUACGCCAAUAAUCCGGACUCCGGAGUCCGAGUCGCAAAAGCAGAAGGAUCGCCGGGGUGCUACAAUGAGCGACGCUGGCUCCAGCGUGGAUCCGGUGGCAGCCGAAAAGCAGCGCAAGUUUCGCAUUCAAGCCGCUGCCUUUCUAGGUCUGGUGGGCGGCGUGUCGGCCCUGUUUGGAUUCUCGAAAACCCUGGCCACAGCGAAGAAGGCCGACAGCAAGGUGCUACAGCAGGCUGGCACCCGGCAAGGUAUCAUCCUAAUGGAUGAAGGGACCACACUAGCAAUGCGUGCUCUGGGCUGGGGGACACUGUACGCCGUGCUUGGCACCGGCGCCUUUUGUUAUGGGUUCUGGAAACUGAGCGGAGCGAAAGAUUUCCAGGAGUUUCGUAUGAAAAUGGGCAACUCCUUGCCGCGCAUCACCAAGGACGAGCCAGCCACCAGCCGGACCGACUUUGAGAGUCUUACGGACCUCAUGAAGUACUUGGCGGCCUGGAAUAAGGAAUGAAUGUGCAGCUCAACCUACUUUAGAUCGUAUACCUUGCUAGACUAAAAAAUAUAUACAACACUUGUUAUCUUGACUACAAA